AGAAGAAGGCCAGGUUCAGACACGAGAGCAUCCUAUGAACAUUUCACCUUUUCCCAUUUUUCAUCGUAACUCACAAACUAAGUACGAGUUCCAGUUCGGACCCUUCAAUUCCCCGUGCCAACCGCCGCCCGUGUCGCCGCCGGCGACUUUCCGCUUCCAUGGCUUUCGCGGAGUUCCGGCCACUGGACGAGAAGUCCCUGGUGGAGUACAUCAAGUACACGCCCGCUCUCGCCUCGAAGCUGGGGGAUAAAUUCGAUGACCUGAAGAUUAGAGAAGUGGGAGACGGCAAUCUCAACUUUGUCUUCAUCGUUGCAGGCUCUGGUGGCUCUUUUGUCAUCAAGCAGGCUCUCCCUUACGUUCGGUGCAUUGGGGAAUCAUGGCCGAUGACGAAAGAGCGAGCAUACUUCGAGGCAGUAGCAUUGAAAGAGCAAGGGCAUUGGUGCCCCGGUCAUGUUCCGGAGGUUUAUCAUUUCGACCGUACUAUGUCUCUAAUAGGCAUGCGUUACCUAGAGCCUCCACAUAUAAUACUGAGAAAAGGACUGAUUGCUGGAAUUGAGUACCCAUUACUGGCGGAGCACAUGUCAGAAUUUAUGGCAAGAACCCUUUUCUGCACGUCCCUUCUGUAUCAUUCCACCACAGAGCACAAACGUGCAGUAGCGGAGUUCUGCGGGAACGUCGAGUUGUGCAGGCUGACUGAGCAGGUUGUUUUUUCUGACCCUUACAAAGUAUCCAAAUACAACCGUUGGACUUCCCCUUAUCUGGAUGCGGAUGCUGAGGCUGUAAGGGAGGAUAAUGAUUUGAAGCUUGAAAUAGCUGAGUUGAAAUCCAUGUUCUGUGAAAGAGCUCAAGCACUGAUACAUGGAGAUCUCCACACUGGUUCGGUCAUGGUUACCCGAGAUUCGACCCAAGUAAUAGAUCCAGAGUUCGCAUUUUAUGGGCCAAUGGGAUUUGAUGUUGGAGCCUUCCUGGGAAAUUUGUUUUUGUCAUUCUUCUCUCAGGAUGGGCAUGCAAAUCAAGGGAACGACAGAAAAGCAUACAAGGAAUGGAUUUUGCAAACCACUGAAGAGACGUGGAAUCUAUUCCAACAGAAGUUUGUAAACCUCUGGAAUGAACACAAGAAUGGGUCUGGUGAGGCAUAUCUACCAGCAAUCUAUAACAAUGAUGUGCUGCUUGAGCUGGUCCAGAGGAAAUUCAUGAAGGAUUUAUUCCAUGACUCCCUUGGAUUUGGUGCUGCCAAAAUGAUAAGGUGCGACUGGAUGAUGUGGAGAAUUGUUGGGAUUGCGCACGUGGAAGAUUUUGAGUCCAUAACUGAUGCUGGUAAGCGUGCAGACUGCGAGCGCCGAGCUCUCAAUUUUGCCAGGAUGCUUCUUAAGGAAAGGCAAAAAUUUGAAGGAAUCAGUGAAGUUGUCUCAUUGGUUCGGAAAUUGAACUGAGCCUUGGGAUUAAUGUAUUGAGGUACCUUUGGGUCCCCCGUCCUUUACUGUUUGCGAGUCCUUGUGCAUUUCGAAACACAUGAAGAGUGUGAAGUUCCAGUAUAGUGUCCAAUGCACUGCCUGAUCAGUUCAUGGGCAACUCUCUGCUUUCUUGGAUAGUUAAUUCCACUGAUGACUCAUUGCUCGGGCGAUGAAUAGAGUUGUUACUUUGUCUACUUUGGAUCCAUGAAUGAUGUCUAUGCUGUGGCCUUUCUCGACUUUGCUUGAUGCAGAGCUGGUUAUGGAACUACCAUAUACAGAUGGCAAUUCUUGUAUUUUUUUUU